AUGGCAAAACUACACCCCCCAACGGCGGAGGCCCCCGGCCCCUGGACCCCGAGGCUCCGAGCACUCCGAGAAUGGUUGAACCCCGGGGCGGAAGCCCCGGCCAGAGCCCCCCGCACAACAGCCCUCCCCCCAGAAGCGGACCCCGACCUCUACUGGCGGACCCACAGACCGCCGUACCUCCAAGACACCCCCUGGCACCACAACAACCCUUACCUCGACCUCCCGAGGGCCUACCUCGCGAGGUGGGUCGGGGAGAAGACCGGCCACUACGACUUCCACUCAACCCCCUCGAGAAAAGGACACCUCGCGCUCUGCCCACUCGUGACCUACAAGAACCCGCUGGCGGCAAAGGACACCCCCAGCGCCUUUGGCACAAACUACGCCACCUACCUGAAUAGAAUACACAACCUCAAGGCCGAUGGAUACACCGGCGCCCGCGCGAGGGCGGACGGCAGCAUCUACGGCAUCAGAACGAUCCGGCCGGAGACCCCGGACCCGGACGACGAACCAAUACCCUUUGAGAUGCCGGGACUCGUCCCGGCAGAGCUGGAAGGAGUCAACUACGACGGGCGAGCGGUGGAAAGGACGGAGGAAGACAUGGAGACGGAGGAGGAGGAAGGAGAGGAGUGA